UGGGCAAUAAUGUUCCCCAAACUUUCUUCCAGUAUCUCAUACAAAGACAGGCUGCCGUAAGAGGAAAAACAAUCACAGUUUACAAUUGAGCAACUUGGCAUAAUAACUGCAAAGGAUCGAUUUAGAUGUUGAGAUUUCAACUAUCCCUGCUAACCCAGAUAAUCAGAAGCUCACAGGAAAAUAGGUCACAGUAGCGGUAAGUAUAAUCCUUUACUUCGGCUGAGAGCAGAUCGAUGAGUCAGCAAACAGCAUUGCAAUCUUACGGUUUACAGUUUUCCUCCCUACUUCCCUCUUCCAGCCUGUGAUCUAACAGUUGAAAGACUAUCAGCAGCUGAAGUGCCAUCAAAAUCUUAGAUUUCUGAAAUCUUCAAAUUGCAAAACACAACGGGGAAUAUAAUUAUCUGUGAAAGUGUUAUUAAGAUAUAUAAUCUUUUUGAAGACAAAUUACUGUCUCUCACACUGCUCAUCAGACUCCCCUAUGCUUUCUCUCUCAGGUCUAAUUGUACCCAAUGGUAACAAGAUUUCUGCACAAGCCAAUCAGUUACCUUGACUGUACGUGCGGGAAGGAACUGCAGAUGCUGGUUUAAACCGAAGAUAGACACAAAAUGCAGGAGCAACUCAGUGGGUCAGGCAGCAUCUCUGGAGAGAAGCAAUGGGUGACGUUUCGCAUAUGGAUGCUGCAUGUCCCGCUGAUUUACUCCAGCAUUUUGUGUCUACCCUGACUGUAAUAUUGCCACAUUUUUGUUUGAUAAAAGCGAUUAAUUUUAGUAGCAAUAAUAUGUUUCAAUUUACAUCAUUUUGAUCAUGUGACAGGAUAACAAGCUGUAGAAUAUAAGUUUACAAGCUUGUUUUUGUCACUCUUGAUUGCAGUAUUCUAGUUUUAGUUUCAGAGAUACAGUACGGAAACAGGCCCUUCGACCCACUGAGUCCGCACCGACCAGCGAAUCCCGCACAAUAACACUAUCCUACACACAUACUAGGGACAAUGUUUACAUUUAUACCAAGCCCAUUAACCUAUAAACCUGUACGUCUUUCGAGCAUGGGAGGAACCUGAAGAUCUCUGAGAAAACCCAGGUAGGUCACAGGAAGAACGUACAAACUCCGUACAGAUUCGGAUCCACAGUCAGGUUCGAACCCGGGACCCUGGCGCUAAGUGCAUCCAGGUAGAGCUCCUGAAGGACCGUGUUGGGGAACUGGAGCAAAUGGAUGACCUCCGGUUCGUCCGAGAAACAUAGUCGUUCCUCGACAAGUCCUACAGUAAGAUUGUUACACCUAAGGUACUGGAAGAGAGAAGGUGGGAGACAGUGAGAAAGGGAGGGAAGCAUGGAAUGCCAACGUCCCCGGGUGUUGUACCUCUUGUGAACAGGUUCAUCCGCUUAGAAGCUGUUGGGACAGAAGACGUGUUUACACUGAGCGGUGGACUGGCUUGCGAUGCGAAUAGGGCUGUUGAACCAAAACCAAAAAGGCCUAAGGCAGGCAAUGCCAUUGUAGUGGGAGACUCCAUUGUGAGAGGUACGGACAGGGGUUUCUGUGGCAACAGGCGGGAUGCGAGGAUGGUGUGCUGCCUUCUAGGUGCCAGGAUCCAGGAUGUCACGGACAGAGUGCAGAAAAUCCUCAAGGGCGAAGGUGAACAUCCGGACAUAGUAGUGCAUGUCGGCACAAACGAUGUGGGAAAGAAGGGGAUGAAUAUUCUGCAGCGUGACUUUAGAGAGCUCAGAAAAAUGCUGAAAAGCAGGACCUCCAGGGUUGUUAUCUCCGGUUUGCUUCCAGUUCCUCGUGCUGGUGAGAGCAGGAACAGGGAGAUACGGGACCUGAACGUGUGGCUGAGGAACUGGUGCACGGGGCAGGGAUUUAGAUUCUUAGAUCACUGGGAUCUGUUUUGGGGUAAGGGGGAACUGUACAAAAGGGACGGAUUGCAUCUUAACAGGUGUGGGACCAGCAUUCUGGCAGGCAGGUUUGCCACUGCUACACGGGUGGUUUUAAACUGAAUAAGGGGGGUGGGGUGUCGAAUGGGAUAGUGGAGGAUGGAGUUAAAGGGAAAGGGUUUCUUAAAUGUGUGAGCGUAGAGACAGAGGGGUGUAAAAUGAGGGUAGAAGCAAUAGGUAGCAAGGUGAAAAGUAAAAGUGGCAGGCCGGCAAAUCCAGGGCAAAAAUCAAAAAGGGCCACUUUUCAGCAUAAUAGUAUAAGGGGUAAGAGUGUUGUAAAAACAAGCCUGAAGACUUUGUGUCUCAAUGCAAGGAACAUUCGUAAUAAGGUGGAUGAGUUGAAUGUGCAGAUAGCUAUUAAUGACUAUGAUAUAGUUGGGAUCACGGAGACAUGGCUCCAGGGUGACCAAGGCUGGGAGCUCAACAUCCAGGGAUAUUCAAUAUUCAGGAGGGAUAGGUGUGGAAUGAGCUUCCAGUGAAGGUGGUGGAGGCAGGUUCGUUUUUAUCAUUUAAAAAUAAAUUGGAUAGUUAUAUGGACGGGAAAGGAAUGGAGGGUUAUGGUCUGAAUGCAGGUGUAUGGGACUAGGGGAGAAUACGUGUUCGGCACGGACUAGAAGGGUCGAGAUGGCCUGUUUCCAUGCUGUAAUUGUUAUAUGGUUAUAUGGUUAUAUGGAGGUGGGGUAGCGUUGCUGGUUAGAGAGCAGAUUAACGCAAUAGAAAGGAAGGACAUUAGCUUUGAGGAUGUGGAAUCGAUAUGGGUAGAGCUGCGAAACACUAAGGGGCAGAAAACGCUAGUGGGAGUUGUGUACAGGCCACCUUACAGUAGUAGUGGAGUUGGGGAUGGCAUCAAGCAGGAAAUUAGAAAUGCGUACAACAAAGGUAAAACAGUUAUAAUGGGUGACUUCAAUCUACAUAUAGAUUGGGUGAAUCAAAUUGGCAAGGGUGCUGAGGAAGAGGAUUUCUUGGAAUGUAUGCGGGGUAGUUUUCUAAACCAACAUGUAGAGGAACCAAUGAGAGAGCAGGCUAUUCUAGACUGGGUAUUGAGUAAUGAGGAAGGGUUAGUUAGCAGUCUUGUUGUGCGUGGCCCCUUGGGCAAGAGUGACCAUAAUAUGGUUGAGUUCUUCUUUAGGAUGGAGAGUGACAUUGUUAAUUCAGAAACAAAGGUCCUGAACUUAAAGAAAGGUAACUUUGAGGGUAUGAGACGUGAAUUGGCCAAGAUAGACUGGCGAUUGAUUCUUAAUGGGUUGACGGUGGAUAUGCAAUGGAAGGCAUUUAAAGACUGCAUGGAUGAACUACAACAAUUGUUCAUCCCAGUUUGGCAAAAAAAUAAAUCAGGGAAGGUAGUGCAUCCGUGGAUAACAAGGGAAAUCAGGGAUAGUAUCAAAACAAAAGAUGAAGCGUACAAAUUAGCCAGAAAAAGCAGCCUACCAGAGGACUGGGAGAAAUUCAGAGACCAGCAGAGGAGGACAAAGGGCUUAAUUAGGAAAGGGAAAAUAGAUUAUGAAAGAAAACUGGCAGGGUACAUAAAAACUGACUGCAAAAGCUUUUAUAGAUAUGUGAAGAGAAAAAGAUUAGUUAAAACAAAUGUAGGUCCCUUGCAGUCAGAAACGGGUGAAUUGAUCAUGGGGAACAAGGACAUGGCAGACCAAUUGAAUAACUACUUUGGUUCUGUCUUCACUAAGGAAGACAUAAUCUGCCGGAAAUAGCAGGGGACCAGGGGUCAAAUGAGAUGGAGGAACUGAGUGAAAUCCAGGUUAGCCGGGAAGUGGUGUUAGGUAAAUUGAAUGUAUUAAAGGCCGAUAAAUCCCCAGGGCCAGAUAGGCUGCAUCCCAUAGUACUUAAGGAAGUAGCCCCAGAAAUAGUGGAUGCAUUAGUGAUAAUUUUUCAAAACUCUUUAGAUUCUGGAGUAGUUCCUGAGGAUUGGACGGUAGCUAAUGUAACACCACUUUUUAAAAAGGGAGGGAGAGAGAAAACGGGGAAUUACAGACCAGUUAGUCUAACGUCGGUAGUGGGGAAACUGCUAGAAUCAGUUAUUAAAGAUGGGAUAGCAGCACAUUUGGAAAGUGGUGAAAUCAUUGGACAAAGUCAGCAUGGAUUUAUGAAGGGUAAAUCAUGUCUGACGAAUCUUAUAGAAUUUUUUGAGGAUGUAACUAGUAAAGUGGAUAAGGGAGAACCAGUGGAUGUGUUAUAUCUGGACUUUCAGAAGGCUUUCGACAAGGUCCCACAUAAGAGAUUAGUAUACAAACUUAAAGCACACGGUAUUGGGGGUUCAGUAUUGAUGUGGAUAGAGAACUGGCUGGCAGACAGGAAGCAAAGAGUAGGAGUAAACGGUUCCUUUUCACAAUGGCAGGCAGUGACUAGUGGGGUACCGCAAUGCUCAGUUCUGGGACCCCAGCUAUUUACGGUAUAUAUUAAUGAUUUGGACGAGGGAAUUGAAUGCAACAUCUCCUAGUUUGCGGAUGACACGAAGCUGGGGGGCAGUGUUAGCUGUGAGGAGGAUGCUAGGAGGCUGCAAGGUGACUUGGAUAGGCUGGGUGAGUGGGCAAAUGCAUGGCAGAUGCAGUAUAAUGUGGAUAAAUGUGAGGUUAUCCACUUUGGUGGCAAAAACAGGAAAGUAGAUUAUUAUCUGACUGGUGGCCGAUUAGGAAAGGGGGAGAUGCAACGAGACCUGGGUGUCAUGGUACACCAGUCAUUAAAAGUAGGCAUGCAGGUGCAGCAGGCAGUGAAGAAGGCAAAUGGUAUGUUAGCAUUCAUAGCAAAAGGAUUUGUGUAUAUAAGCAGGGAGGUUCUACUGCAGUUGUACAGGGUCUUGGUGAGACCACACCUGGAGUAUUGCGUAUAGUUUUGGUCUCCUAAUCAGAGGAAAGACAUUCUUGCCAUAGAGGGAGUGCAGAGAAGGUUCACCAGACUGAUUCCUGGGAUGUCAGGACUUUCAUAUGAAGAAAGACUGGAUAGACUCGGUUUGUACUCGCUAGAAUUUAGAAGAUUGAGGGGGGGGAUCUUAUAGAAACGUACAAAAUUCUUAAGGGGUUGGACAGGCUAGAUACAGGAAGAUUGUUCCCGAUGUUGGGGAAGUCCAGAACAAGGGGUCACAGUUUAAGGAUAAGGGGGAAAUCUUUUAGGACCGAGAUGAGGAAAACAUUUUCACACAGAGAGUGGUGAAUUCUCUGCCACAGAAGGUAGUUGAUGCCAGUUCAUUGGCUAUAUUUAAGAGGGAGUUAGAUGUGGCCCUUGUGGCUAAAGGGAUCAGGGGGUAUGGAGAGAAGGCAGGCACAGGAUACUGAGUUGGAUGAUCAGCCAUGAUCAUAUUGAAUGGCGGUGCAGGCUCGAAGGGCCCAAUGGCCUACUCCUGCACCUAUUUUCUAUGUUUCUAUGUUUAUAUGUUACUCUUCCUGACAUAGAGACUGAAUAGACAAAUUGUCCAAUACAUAGAAAAAGUCUUGGAUUAAGACUUCAGAAGAAGGGUUUCCUUCGCUCCAUGGAUGCUGCCUCACCCGCUGAGUUUCUCCAGCAUUUUUGUCUCCCUUUGAUUUUCCAGCAUCUGCAGUUCCUUCAUAAACAUUUGGAGUAAGCUCUGAUAGGUUCCACCACAAUCAUAACCAUUGCCAAAAAUCAGCUAACUACUCCCCACAUCACUUGUGACUGAGUAAAAGCCACAUAACAUAGAAACAGGCCUUUCAGUCCACGUUGUCCAUGCCAAUCAUUAAACACCCAUUUACAGUGCUCCUUCACUGAUCCCAUUUUAUUCUCUCCACAUUUCUAUCAACUCCUUUUCAGAUUCUACUAAUCACCUUAACACGAGAGACAAUGCAACAGCGAAUUAAAACUACUUGCAUAUCUUUGGGAGUUAGAGGAAACUGGAGCAGAGGGAAAGUAUGCAGUCACAGGGCGUGUUAACUCCAUACUCUCUUACAGCCUCUGCGUCCUCAGUACCCAUGUUCCUCUUCACUAAAGGGCUCAAGUAUGUGAAAGGGAGCAUUUGGUAUGUGGAACUGGGAUCCUGGUGAGUGAUUAUGCCAGAUUACUGUAGGAAUUAAUAUUUAGUUUAGUUUAGGUUAGUUUAGAGAUACAGCGCGGAAACAGGCUGUUCGACCCACCGAGUCCGAAUCGACCAGCGAACCGCGCACAAUAACAUCACCCUACAUACACUAGGGACAAUAUUUUACAUAUAUCCCAAACCAAUUCUUGCUAUUGAGGGAGUGCAGUGUAGGUUUCCAAGGUUAAUUCCCGGGAUGGCAGGACUGUCAUGUGCUGCGAAAAUGGAGCGGCUGGGCUUGGAUAUGCUAGAGUUCAGAAGGAUGAGAGGGGAUCUUAUUGAAACAUAUGUUAUUAAGGGUUUGGACACGCUAGAGGCAGGAAACAUGUUCCCGAUGUUGGGGGUGUCCAGAACCAGGGGUCACAAUUUAAGAAUAAGGGGUAAACCAUUUAGAACUGAGACGAGGAAACACUUUUUCAUACAGAGAGUUGUGAGUCUGUGGAAUUCUCUGCCUCAGAGGGCGGUGGAGGCCGGUUCUCUGGAUACUUUCAAGAGAGAGCUAGAUAGAAGCAGAAUUUAGGCCAUUCGGCCCAUUGUCUACUCCAUUCAAUCACGUCUAGAGAGCUCUCUUAAAGAUAGCGGAGUCAGGGGAUAUGGGGAGAAGGCAGGAACGGGGUACUGAUUGUGGAUGAUCGCCAUGAUCACAUUGAAUGGCGGUGCUGGCUUGAAGUGCCAAAUGGCCUACUCCUGCACCUAUUGUCUAUUGUCUAUAACCUACAAACCUGUACCUCUUUGGAGUGCAGGAGGAAACCAAAGAUAUCAGUGAAAAACAACGCAGGUCAUGGGUAGAAUGUACAAACUCUGUACAGACAAGCACCUGUAGUCAGGAUCGAACUCGGGUCUCUGCUGCUGGAAGGCAGCAACUCUACUGCUGUGCCACCAUACCACCCCUUUAAAGUAUGAAUAAUGUGUGGCACAUAUCUGCCCUUGCAGUGGAGCCAAGGCAAAUAUGUAUUAAAAAAGAAGAUUAAAAAUAUGCAGUACAUCAGGUGGAUCUCACUACAGCACAGGAGGACAGGAUUGAACCUGGGUCACCCGAGCGGCUCUAUCAACUGCAUCACUCUGCCACCUGCUUAUUAUCCAAUCUCACGGAUUAAAACUGAUCAAAUGUCAGAAGACAACACAGUAGAUUGCUGCUGCCAUCUAACAAGUUCCGACUCAGUAUGCAUUAACACCUUCAGGAAAAGUCAAUAAGAGCAAAUUUGAAAGGACAAGUGAUGACCUUUUUUAUACUUUGUAGCAGUAACACUAUAUUCUGCACCCUGUUUCCUUUCUCUUUCUUGCACUGCCUGCUGUACUCAUGGAUGUUAUGAUUGCACUCAUGUUUGCUAUGAUCUGCCUGGAGAGCACACUAAAAGCUUGGUAUCUUGGUAUUCGUGAUGAUCAUAAACCAAUUCCAAUAGCCUGGUGGUCGAUGGAGUUCCAUCCAGUCCAUGAUAAUCUAAUCCCAAGGAAAUUAUCCCAGAUAAUCUAUCCUUCCAAUUCUUCUGAGUCUAUGGGUUGAUAGUAUAAUAAUUCAGACAUUGGACAGUACACUGAAAAUUUUUUUUCCCUCUCUCAUUUAUUAUA